GUCUCUCGUUCUGUUUAGGGUUUCUGUGAUCGAUCGGGAACGGCCAUGGUGGAGGUGUGCGAUAGUCGAUUUAAGAGGCCAUCUCGAGCUGCCAUGAAAGAGUUUUUGUUUUGAGUUUGAACGAUCGGGGAGCGUUUUCUGGGGAGCAGGUCGGAGGUCGGUGUGCGAAAGUAGUUUCUCUGACGAAGGCCUGUCUCCUUCAUUUGUUGAAUUAAACUUAGGUGGGCUUUUCUGGGGAUCCAUAAAUUUGGUUACCUUCCGUGGUUCUUUUGUGAAAAGAGAGAAAAAAGAGAAUGCGUAGCAGACGGCAAGAUGUCAUGAGGCCUAGGUCUCCUCCGGUGCGCGGCCACCAAUCUGAGUGGUACUCGGGUUCCUAUUCGAGGAGGCAAGGGGAUAGGUCUCACCGCGAUGACGAACGGACAAAGAACCCACCACCUCGCCGGAGUCUUAGCCCCAUGGACAGAGACCGCGGACGGCGCAUGCGAGGGAGCAGCAGAGGAAGGGCUUCUGUUGAACGGAGGGAAUUUAGGCGGCAUGCGUAUGAGAAGGGAGACCAUCUCCGUCGACGAUCACCCUUUGAGUCUAGGAGGCCUCUGCCUGCGGGAAAUAGAGAAAUGGAGGGCCAUUUGCAAUUCAAUGAUGGGUUCUCCUGUAUUAAUUCUUCACCUCCUCGAUUUGGGAGGGGUUUUCUUCUGCCUGAGCGGCAUGGUAUCGAUCUGGAUGCAAACCAUGGGUUGAGACUUGGUGGUGGGAGGAUAUCGGAGCCAGCUGCUAAUAACAACGAUAAGGAUCUUCCCGGUGCGCCUAGAAAUGGUGGCUCUGCUUUGGAUGGUCAGGGCGUGCUAUCUCAGAAGUCAAUUUUUUUGAACGAUGGGAAUUCUCAUUCUUUUUACGCAUUACAAUCUGAGAGAUACCCACUCGAGGACAUUAAUCUGCGGAAGCAACGAGAAUUUCCACCAACAGAUGAUGCACUUGGUUCUGAUAUUAGAUAUGAUGAUUUUGGCAGUACACGUUUGCAAUUGAACAAGAUGCCAGUGCGCGAACCUUAUGAAGUUGAAGGACAAGAGAAACUGAAGUUCUACUCCAGAGAUAGGCCUUAUUUGCCACUAUCACCAACAUCAAAAACUCUUGGAAGUUCCUCUUCUGGGAUUCCCAGAGGUUCGUUCUUUCCUUCUUCAAGUCGGUCUUCCCUUCACUUUCCUUCCGGUGAAUUUGCUAGGGGUGGUAAGUCAUCCAACUUAUCGAUUGAUGAUGGUCCUGGCCCCAGCGAACUGUUUGAUCCUAUCAGAGAUCCUGAAAUGCACUUAAAAGAUGGAAGACCCUAUCAGAAGGGUGUCAGUCCACUGAGGGAUGAUCGAAGAAGUUACAUUUAUCCUGAACUGGGCAGAAGAGAGAGGGGCCUGUCUGGCUUUGGUGGCGAUGAUUUGUACAGGAAAAUGCAAUUGGGUGGUAGAGGUAACUACUCUUUAAGGGAUAAUAUACAUGGAUCAGGUUUCAUGGAACCCAUUGAAGAUAAGGUCAAUGCUGACACUUCACGAAGAUCAUUCCUUGAGAGCACUUCUUGGGAGCAUCAGUUGCAUGGGAAAAGGGAUGAAAUUUUGCAUGGUCGGAGUCGGCAUUCGUUGGCAGAUGAGAGGCAUGAAGAGUUUCUUACUUCAAGAAAAUUUCUUCCUGAUUUUGGAACAGAAUCAGGCCAAGAUCACACAUUCAAGAACCUAGCAGAUGAUUAUGCUUAUGGAAGAGAAGGUGAUGCCCUGGUUUAUGACGAAGCUUCAAAGGGUUCUCUUCAUGGGCAGGAGAUGUAUAGGUAUCCAAUGGAUACAAACCCUCAACAUACAGAGGAAUUAGGUAAUAUUCCACCUGGUAGAAGCUUGAAACCAAAGUACGGGGUAGCAUCAAGUAGGCUGAAGAUGAGGAUAUCCGUGCACAAUGAUAGACGUACUUCUAGAAGGAUUCAGGAAGUUGAUAUACCUGAUGAGCAUUGGGUUGAUGAAGAUCGUGGUGGAAGGUCAUUCGUUGGAGUUUCCCAACGCCUUGGGCCUGAUUCUUGGUUAUCCAUGGAUGAUGCAUCUGAACAUGUUAAAGGGGGAUUUGUAGAGACUCGUUUUCCCACUGGCAGAAAUAUACUCUUGAGGAAGCGGUCGAGGCCUAGUGCUUCUGACUUCAUUCACCCUUUUCAUGGUGACAGUAAUCAGGGACAUCAACGCACUUUCAAAUUGCGUAAGCCAUACAAAGUAGAGAGAAAUGCAGCAAUUGAUAUGGAAGAUGAGAAGCAACAAGAUGAAUCAUCACCACAGAUGAAGCCAGACCCACCAGAAAACUCGGAGGAGUUUAAGCAACUUGUUCACAAGGCAUUCUUACGCUUUUCAAAGCAACUGAACGAGAACCCAGGGCAACAAAGAAGAUACCGGGGACAAGGAAAGGCUGGUAACCUGGUGUGCCUCGCAUGUGGAAGCCUAUCAAGAGAAUUUAUAGAUGCUCACAGCUUGGUCACCCAUGCGUACAAUUCUCUCAAAGUUGGCUUAAGAAUCGAUCAUCUGGGACUUCACAAGGCUCUCUGUGUUCUCUUGGGAUGGAACAGCCUAGUGGCACCUGACAGUAGGAGGGUCUAUCAAUCAUUAGCAGCAGCGGAAGCAUCAGCUCUGAAAGAAGACCUUUUAUUGUGGCCCCCAGUUGUCAUUAUUCAUGAUACCUCAAGGAGCUGGAAUGCAGAGAAAACAGAUUCUGUAACAAUCGAUGAUGUGGAAGAAACACUUAGAGGUAUGGGAUUUUCAGGUAAGGCAAAGGUUUACCGUGGUCGCCCUGCUAAUCAGGGUGUUUUUGUUGCGAAGUUCUUUCCGACUUUUUCUGGAUUGCGAGAGGCUGAAAGGCUGCACAGGCAUUAUGGUGAAAACAACAGAGGGAAGGAGGAAUUACAGCGGCUGAAAUCAAAAAUUCCUGUAAAUGGCAGUGCAAAUCAGUUGGUCGAGACUGCUUCAAGGAAGCCAGCAGAAUUUCUUUAUGGGUAUAUUGGAAUCGCGGAAGAUUUGGAUAAGCUUGACUUUGAAUCGAAGAAAAGAUGCCUGGUGAAGAGCAAGAAGGAUAUUGAAGCCAUUGCGGAUGCUGCCCUCGACUCUGAGUGAGUUGCGGUUGCGUAAAGAUACCGAUAGAGGAUUUUAUAUGUAUCUACCUACGAGCAUCUUUAUUUUGUGCAAUCUGGUUUUUCCCAUGCUAGGUGGAAAGAAAUAUGGUUGCCCACUCUGUGACCCUCUCAAGCUAAAUUUUGAACCUUGUGUGGGAUGUGCCAUGAAAGGAAAAUGGUGAGGGGGUAUUGAUUUUGCAAGGAUAUGAAUGGGAAGAUAUGAUGCUAUUUCAGUUUUA